AUGCUGCCCCGGGCCGGCCUGGCCGCGCUGUGCCCGCUGCUCCGCGCUCUGCGCUCCGCUCCCGGCGCCGCCAUGAGCACUGGCACCUUCGUCGUUUCGCAGCCGCUCAACUUCCGCGGCGGGGCCCGCGUGCAGCCGGCGGACGCCUCGGGCACCGAGAAGGCGUUCGAGCCGGCCACGGGCCGAGUCAUAGCUACGUUCCCCUGCUCUGGGGAGAAGGAGGUGGACCUGGCUGUCCAAGACGCGAAGGCUGCCUUCAAAAUAUGGAGCAAGAAGUCCGGCCUGGAGCGUGCUCAGAUCCUGCUGGAGGCCGCCAGGAUCAUAAGGGCGCGGAGGGACGAAAUCGCCACCGUGGAGACCAUCAACAACGGCAAGUCCAUCUUCGAGGCCCGCCUGGACAUUGACACCGCCUGGCAGUGCCUGGAGUACUACGCGGGCGUGGCCGGGUCCUUGGCGGGUGAGCACAUCCAGCUGCCAGGCGGGUCCUUCGGUUACACCCGACGAGAGCCGCUGGGCGUGUGCGUGGGCAUCGGAGCCUGGAACUACCCCUUUCAGAUCGCCUCCUGGAAGUCGGCCCCCGCGUUAGCGUGUGGAAACGCCAUGGUCUUCAAGCCGUCCCCCUUCACGCCCGUGUCCACGCCGCUGCUGGCUGAGGUCUACGUGGAGGCGGGGGCGCCUCCGGGCCUCUUCAACGUGGUGCAAGGCGGGGCCGCCACGGGCCAGUUUCUGUGUCAGCAUGGCGACGUGGCCAAGGUCUCCUUCACCGGGAGUGUGCCCACCGGCACCAAGAUCAUGGAGAUGGCGGCGCAAGGAAUCAAACCCGUCACCUUGGAGCUUGGGGGCAAGUCCCCACUGAUUGUCUUCGCAGACUGCGACCUGGAGAACGCUGUCAAGGGGGCGCUGAUGGCCAACUUCCUCACGCAGGGCGAGGUUUGCUGCAACGGCACAAGGGUGUUCGUGCAAAAGGAAAUUCUCAAUGAGUUCACAGAGCAAGUGGUGAAACAGACCCGAAAGAUAAAAAUCGGAGACCCCCUUCUGGAAGGUACCAGGAUGGGUCCCCUCAUCAACCGGCCACACCUGGAGCGAGUCCUUGGGUUUGUGAAACUGGCCAAGGAGCAGGGGGCUAAGGUGUUGUGUGGGGGAGACCUGUACGUACCCGAAGAUCCCAAAUUAAAGGAUGGAUAUUUCUUGAGCCCUUGCGUAUUGGCCAGCUGCACGGACGAUAUGACCUGCGUGAAGGAGGAGAUCUUCGGGCCUGUCCUGUCCAUCCUUUCAUUUGACACCGAAGCGGAGGUUGUGGAACGAGCCAACAACACCUCUUUUGGACUAGCGGCCGGUGUCUUCACCAGGGACCUCCAGCGCGCCCACCGCGUGGCGGCCGAGCUGCAGGCCGGAGUGUGCUACGUCAACAACUACAACGUCAGCCCGGUGGAGCUGCCCUUCGGCGGCUAUAAGAAGUCAGGGUUUGGCAGGGAGAACGGCCGUGUGACCAUUGAGUAUUAUUCACAACUGAAGACGGUGUAUGUGGAGAUGGGUGACGUGGACUCCGCUUUUGAAAGCGGACCAUGAAUCCCCCAGACGCGCCGGGCUGAGCCCCUGAGACCGGCAGAGGCCGCACACGGCGACCCGCUGCCUCCUGGGUCUGGUCCUGCAGGGCUUGCGCCCGGCUCAGCGCCGCCCCGUCGCCGGGUCGUCUCCCCUGAGCUGCACACGUGCCUUCAGGUUCUCCCCGAGGAAGCUGUGAGGUUCUGCAGAGCCGGUCUCCGUGCGGCCGGAACAGCCAGUGGCCCUGCUCUGGACACGGGGACGGGAUGAUGUGUCACCACGAUCUCAACCCGCCCGCGCUCUCCCGCGUUCCCUCGCUCUCUCUCUCUCUCUCACGCUCACUUCGAAGGACUUAGACUUGUUCCCUUGACGUUCCUGGUGGACUCAGGUGAUUUCGGCUCAUGUCUUAAGCUCCGGCCCCUUGUCAUUCCCACCGCCAGGCUGACAGUGGGACCGGGUGGGGACUCGAUCCUCGGCUGGGGGUCCGUCUGUGUGAAGGGUAAUCGGGAAAGCGUUCUGUCUCCACCCGGCGCUGCGGGGAGGACACGGCCUCCGUCCUUGAACUCCACGUGCCCACCGUCCGCCUCUGCAGCACCAGAACCAAUAAAUCACAGCUCAUGUUUGCAACGAAA